AGCGGAUCCAUUCAGAGAAUCAAAGGCUGCUGGAGUCAGGCAGGCCAUGUUACACACAUAAGGAACACACCUAGCUACAUCGACCACGUCAGUGUCGGUCGCACCAUGCAGCCGAUCGAGGGAAAGAGAAUAUUAAGGACCAACAAACCCUCAGUGAAUUGAAACCCCACCAAGCAACACUCCCGGCGCUCGUCGAUCUGGCUCAUGCGAUGGAUGCUUCACUUCACUUGACUUCGGUCAUUUGUUUGAGUUGUGCGAUGGGCUGAAUGGUGAUGCUCCACUUGUCCUCCUCGAAGAGACCCAGCUGGAUGGGCUUGUUGUCGUACUUGCGGCCCAUCAUACCUGGUAGGACACACACACAGCCAUCCGUCCCGCCAUCAGCGCAGCACUUGUAUUGCUGUGUGUGUGCGUGUGUGCUGACUCUCUCACCCUGGAUGGCGGCAAGGACGUGGAUGGGCGACUCGUACUCAAUGUACACGUCACCCGCGUCAAUGUAGUCAGGCAGCGACAUCUGCCACACACACAGAGACGGGCACACACAGGCAUCAGUGUGUGAGACGCCUGUGUCGUGUCGGCCUUAACUAACCUUGUCUCUUGGUGUGACGAUGAAGGCCGACACGACCUUGCCAAACGGCUCGGCGCCCUUCUUCAUGUCAUCGAGCACGUCGUUCCACUCCUCAGGAUCCUGGCACACACCAACACAGGGAGCACAGGGAGAACAGAGCACAUGACGAGUCAGUCAGUCAUGUAUUGGGCGCGUUAAUUGUGCAUCUCUGUCUUACUUCGACAUCGUCGGCGUUGAUGACCUGUUUGAUCUUGAGGAUCCGCGAGUUGGUCUGGGGGGGCGGGGCACCCUUAUCACACACACACCCAACACACAGGCAUCAGUGUGUGUGAGACUUCUCUGAGGCCAAGAGUGUUUGUGCGCGUCGGUCGGUCGGUCUUACAGGUGGCGGAGGCGGCUGGUUGGCUUGCACUGCACCACCACCACAGACACGGCACAAGGGUGACCAUCUAUCUCUUUGUGUGCGUGUGUGGGUGUCACUUACUUUGCAGCAGGCGAGCAGACUCCUGGCCCAUCUGGCCCAUCACCCUGCAGCCAGCCACAGAGAGCCAACCAAUUGACCAAAGUGCACGCCUGUGAGUUAGUGUGGAUGCCUACUGGCUCUGCUGUACGGUGGCCUGGCUGUAGUCAUUGGGCCGCGACACCUUGAUGGGGCUGCCCAGGCAGUUGAACUGAUCCAGCGUCAUCGCGCGCACCGUCUCCUCCACUGUCGCUGCACACAACGCACACAACACACACAACACACCAACACGUGAUUGAUAUGCAGCCCGGUGUGUUGAGGAUUCUGCCUGGCUGUCUGUCUGUCUGUCUAUGAGUGGUCACCAUCAGUCCUAUCGAACCGUUAGAGAGAUUCGUUUCAUCCACCGUGCGUCAAACGAACGAGAUAUAUAUCUUCUUUCAUCCUGGUGACCCGACCUCGGCCUGCCUGUCUGCCUGCCUGCCUGCCUGCCUCAAGGCCCUUCCUCUCUGACUCACCGAAUUCGAUGAAGCCGUAGCUGCCCUUCUCCCGUGCGAACCACACACACAGCACGGGAUCUGCACACACCACACGCAUCCCGUGGCACACAGACAGAGAAGAUAUAGAUCUAAGGUGCGUGCACUUAAGGCAGGCGUCCGUGUGUGUUUAUGUACUGGUGUUCGGGUCGUUGCAUAUGCCGCGCUCCCUCAUCUCCUUGUACAUGAUCUCCUGAAGCGCACAGACAACAUACACACACACACAUGGACGAGAAGCGGCCUUGUUCGUUCUUCUCAAUGCUACAUGCAUGGGGGGAUGGUCACCUGGAACUGUGUCUCCGUCAGACCAAGAUGCAAGGGAAGAUUGCCUGAGGGCGAAACACGUACCACCACACCGCACCCACCCAGGUCUGGUUGUUGCCAACUGUCUGUCUGUGUGUGCGUCCAUCUGACUUACCGACAUAGAGCCGCCUGGCUUUCCUGGUGUUGUUGAGCUGCGUGGCGUUCAUUGGCACGCCCAGCGUCUUGUCGUUGGUGCUCGACACCUGCACACACACGGUUCUCUCGCUGUGUUGUGAUUGUUGCCAGACAGACUGACUGACCGUGACCCAUUGGAAUCCGUCCCAGAAGAGCUUGACGGGCGUCCUGCCCUCACUCGACGCCAACUUGUCCACCCCACCAGCUCUCGCUAUCGCACUGAUAACAUGACACGCACACACACACACACACACGCGCACAGAACUAGGUGAUGGGACGGUGACGUGCCGGUGUGUGGAUGGUGCACUUACGCUGACUGUGCCUUCCGCCUGCGCCUCUCGCGCUCACGAGAUCUGAUGGAUGGCCCCAGCGACAAACACAGGCACAUGGAGGCGUCCUCAUAUUAUUUUGAGACGGUAGCCAUUCUUCGUUUCUACCUUUCGCGUGAGGAAGACACGUCACGGUCGUCCCUGAAGGAAACAGAAAGACCGGACCGAAUGAAUGAAUGCAUAGCUGCCUGCCUCAUGGCACACGCAGCACGUUGUGCGACUGUGUGACAAAGACUCGACUCGCUUACUCUUUCUUGCCCCUGUCCUUGUCCCUGUCCCUGUCGCGGUCUCUGUAAGAGUCCCGGCCAUAUCCUCCAUAUCCUCCACCUCUUCCCCCCCUCUCGCCGCCGCGACCCCCGUAGACGUAGCCUCUAUCCUUGUCGCCAUAGUUUCUCUCACCCCGGCUGUCACGAUCACGGUCACGAUAACCUUGAUGCCCACCGCGCCUGCCGCUGAUCAUCAUAAUGACACCCAAACCCGCACACACCCAGAUGUGAGUCCGCUCAGCGGCUGUGGUUCGCAUGAAGGGAACACUCAUGCAGUGCGUCGUCCGCCUGUGCUGUGGAUGUGCGCCACGCUUGCUGCUGCUGCCUUUGUCUCCCUUCCAUGUGCUGAUCUCACCUGUUUCUCGGAGAUCGAGAUCUGGACCUGCCCAUUCCCAAUACUCUCUGCUGCAAGCUCCCUCUCCACAAGAAUGCUCUAUUUUCUGCUCCUUUCCUGAC